GAAACAAUGAUGCUCAGAUACUCUUAAAAUACGGUGAUCCUAAGUCUUUGGUCCUGAAAAUAGUCUUUUAAGAAAAUGAUCGGAGAGGUUUAGAGGUUUGAAACAAGAGGUUUAGAAAUUUAGAAAGAGUUGUUUAAAGGCUUAAGAAAUGGAGAAACUGAAUAUGGAAACACUGCAGAGCAAUGCAAUUGUGAUAGAAAACGCUUACAAGUCUUACCAGAGUGGGAAGAAGUCCAAUCCUAUAUUUACGAAUCUCAACCUGACAGUCCAGAAAGGAAAGAUUUAUGGACUUUUGGGACCUUCAGGAUGUGGAAAGACGACCUUAUUAAAAUGUAUGGUUGGAAAGCUGAGGCUUGACGCUGGAAAGGUUCGAGUGUUUGGUUCAGCUCCUGGUGACCGGAAUACAGGUGUACCUGGAGCUAGGGUUGGAUAUAUGCCACAGGAACUAGCUCUCUUCGGAGAGUUUAAUAUAGAGGAAACCCUGAAAUACUUCUCAAGAAUAUUUGGAAUGUCUGAGGAAAAGUUUCAAGUCAGGCUUGAGUUUCUCAUGAAGUUUCUAGAUCUUCCAAGCAAAUCCAGAAAACUGGAACUGAUGUCUGGAGGACAGCAACGUCGAGCUUCUUUAGCAGUUGCUCUUCUUCAUCAGCCAGAGCUUCUCAUCCUUGAUGAACCUACAGUUGGAGUUGAUCCAUUACUCAGGCAAUCUAUCUGGGAGCAUCUAAUUCAACUAGCAGAUGGAGAAGAUGCGACAACUGUUGUAAUUACAACUCAUUACACUGAGGAGGCAAUGCAGGCUAAUAGAGUAGGUAUGUUGAGGAAUGGUCGACUGCUAGCUGAAGAUUCUCCGAAUAAUCUACUCCGAACCUAUGCAGAACCAGGACUAGAGGAGGUCUUCCUUAGACUUUGUCACGUUGACGGAGCUGUACUCGGAGAUACUAAUAUUGGCAGUGCUGAACCUGGAUUAGAUGAUGAGAAGAGAAGAACCUUGAACCUGCUGAAGAACGAGGAUGGAGAGGAGAAGAUCCCUGACAUAAAUUUCAUUGACAGCAAAACAGAACAGGAUGAAAGGGUUGAUGAUAAACCAGUGUUGAAGUAUAAUAGAUCUAGGUUCUCUCCUCGUGUUGUACAAGCUUGCAUGUUUAAAACAUUUAACAGAAUGAGCAAGAGAUGGGGUUUCCUAAUCUACCAAUUCGUUCUUCCCGCUUUACAGGUUUCUCUGUUCUGCCUGGCUAUUGGGCAGGAUCCAAAGGAACUACCAAUCAGCAUUGUCAGUGAUGAGCUCGUCAAUGGAACUCAUUGUGAAUACUUCAGUCUAGGAAACCUAAGCUGUAGAUUUAUCAACUACCUGGACGACAGUACCAUUCAACCGAUUUGGCAGCCUAGCUAUCAAGCUGCUGUAGAAUCGGUUGAGUUAGGACAAAGCUGGGGAAUAGUUUACAUGGGAUCUAACUUCUCUAAUGCUUUGUAUUCAAGAGUAAUGGAAUCAGGCUUAAUGCCUGGGGGAGACGAUGAUAUUGAUUCUAAAGCUGGUAAAAUACAGAUACAGUUGGAUGUGACAAACCAGCAGAUUGCCUUCACAGUGCAACUGAAGCUAGCGCAAGCCUUCCAGCGGUUUGUUGAUCAGCUGGCCACUGUCUGCCAUAUUUCUGGUGACGCGGCAUCUCUUCCACUAGAGUUCCAGGAACCGGUUUAUGGAACAGAUCGUCUUACUUUUACGGAUUUCAUGGCACCAGGCAUAAUAUUAACUAUUGUACACAGCAUGGCUCUGGGCUACUCAGCCAUGAUAAUACUCAUAGAGCGGAAUGAGGGUCUGCUUGACCGAACCUGGGUGGCCGGGGUCACAUCAAGCGAACUCUCUGUUGCGCAUUUUCUCUGUGCUGUGUCGGUCAAUCUCGUACAGGUUAUUGUCACACUGGCCUUUAUGAUAGGAGUUUUUAAGGUUCCAGUGGAAGGUUCGCUGAUCCUUCUCUUCGUGUUAACUUUACUCCAGGGUCUCUGUGGAACUACUAUAGGUUUGAUAAUUUCCAGUGUCUGCCAGACCCAGCAGGACGCUACUCAGAUAGCUCUAGGAAUAUUCUAUCCCAACAUGAUACUUUCAGGUUAA